GGCGAAGGUUUUCCUCAUCCUCUCGUGGCAUCGCGCGCUAUCCAUUCAUUCCCUUGCUACACUGACACACAUCCUCGAUGGCCACUUAUCUCCAAUCAGCAGGCCUCACCGCCGCCACUGCCAGCACCAGCCGCCUCCUCCGGCCAACACCACGGAGGCUGCUCCUCCUCGUGGCGGCGUGCUCCACUGGCGGACGGAGAUCAGCCUGCCUCUCCGUCGGCCUCGCAGCCGCCGCCGCCACCAUCUUCCAGCAUCAUCCCGCCUGCGCCGCCACCGACGACGAGCCGGCAAACAAUGGGUGGUGGCUCACCGAGUUCCCUUUGCCGGUGCCAAAGAUUGUCAACAAGGAGCUGAACAAUGGCGAGACGGGGAGCCGGACGUUCGUGAGGAACGGCAUCUACAUAGCCGACAUCGGGCCGAGCUACGCGGCGCACGCGUACAGGCUGCGGAGCACGGCGUUCGACCUGCUGGCGCUGGAGGACCUGCUGGGCAACAACGCCGACAGGGCCAACUACGUCACCAAGUACCUCCGCCUCAAGUCCACCUUCAUGUACUUCGACUUCGACAAGCUCAUCUCCGCCGCCUCCGACGACCAGCGCCCCCCGCUGCUCGACCUCGCCACCCGCCUCUUCGACAGCUUCGAGCGCCUCCAGAAGGCCUGCGGCACCAAGGACGACACCCAGAUCGGCUCCUCCUAUGCCGACACCAAGAUCAUCCUCCAGGAGGUCAUGGCAAAGAUGGCCUAGUGUUUCUGUUGGUGUACUAGCUAGUACUGUAUUUCUCUCACUUUACUUGUCAUACAUACAUAUAUAUAUAUAUAUAUAUAUAUCCUCCUCAUCACACACAUAUUCAUAUUCA